AAGUCACCUUGAUCCCCGCCUGUUCUGAUCACGUUCUGCUAUUUUUUCCUAUCAAACCAUACUGGAAAUGCUUGCCGAACUCAUGCUUGUUAGCAUGUGGUCUGCUUCAGCUACGUUUGGCAUGACCAUUGAUAAAUCAACAGUUGAAUCCAACAUCGAGAGGAAUGUUGGUGAUCACCUAUGGGCCAUUCCGGCGCCAACACCAAAGGGGAGAAUACAUCAGGCUUUGGACAAAGCAGCUUCGAUGUGGUCCACCUCGAAGAAAAAUCUGUUUUUGACUCCUACUGAGGCUGAUGAUGAAGACAGAGAAUACUUGUUCAAAUACAUCAAAGGAUUGCCACAAUUUGCUGGUUUGAAGAAUGAAGAUUGUUAG